AUGAGUCCUCCAACGCCCAACUCUGUUGCUUCCCGUCCGAGCCUACACGUCACAAACCACCUCAGUGUCGAUAACUUUGACGAGUGGCACUUCGAGCUGACCGCGAUCGUCCUCCAAGGCGAAGGCCUUUCCAACCAUGCGACGAAGUGCGCCGGCGUUGAGGCCGCAUGGUCCAUGAAAGGACUCCAUCAGGCACUUCGAAUCCUUGAUGGCGACGUCAAGAAGAUUCGGUCCCACCAAGAACAAGAAGCAUCAUGUCUCUCGGAUGCGUCUCCUUUGCCUCCUCCGGCACUUGACGAACUCACUGCUGCAUUGGCCUUACCAAUAGCGGAGUACUUGGCGAAGCAUCGCUCUACUGUACUCGUUGAAGCUCAAGCAGCAAAAGUGCAGUUGGAACAGAUGAUUCGCAACGAGCUCGCCGACGUCGAGCGCUCGUGUGCUUUGGUUUAUAUCUCGCUCUCCAACUCUGUUCGUCGUGAUGCGGCUGCGGCAAAUCUGAACAAUUGUGCGCAUUGCAUCAUUUUCUGGCUCCGCAGCAAAUUCUGCAGCGAGGAGCAGAAGUAUGUGUCGGCAGUGACCGUCUACACAAAGUUUCACACCUUCAAGCUCGAACGAAGCGUCUCAUUUGAGAACCCUCAGUGA